AUGUUCAAAAAACAAUUCGGCUUCCUCAAGAAAAAAAGAGAUGCCGAAGAAGACGAUGAUGGAGACCACGAGGCAGGAGACAUAGCGUCAUUGUCGACUACAGUUGAUAUAGCCUCUGCUCCCUCACGGGUUUAUUUCGCUGCUCCUAGCAAUGAAUAUGCAAAUAGGAACUCCUUCGAUGAUCAAGCCGAGGGCUCCUCGGAGGCUCAGAGUUUGCGCCGUGGAGAAGAGAUAUCCUCUAAAGACCCCUUGGGGCUGAGAGUGAUAUAUCAUCCGCCAGGAGAGCGCAGUGUGGAUAUCAUCUUCGUCCAUGGCCUAGGAGGGAGUAGCAGGAUGACUUGGGCACAUAAGCACAGCCUCGAGUUCUGCUGGCCAUUGAGAUUUCUUCCUCUGGAACCCCGUAUCAACGAGGCGCGUAUUCUAACUUUUGGGUAUAAUGGCAAAUUUCGGCCGGGAAGCGGCAAGAACAAGAUGUCGAUUCUGGAUUUCGCGAAAGAUCUUCUCUACGAUCUUAAGUAUGCCCAAGACGAGUCAACGCCAGAACAUCAGAAUUUGAGAAUGGGUGAACGACCCAUCAUAUUCUUAGUUCACUCUAUGGGUGGUCUAAUCGUGAAAGAGGCAUAUAUACAAGGCCAGUAUGAUCCGACUUAUGAAACAAUCAUUAAGGCAGUUUCGGCCAUUGUAUUUCUCUCAACCCCGCAUCGCGGCACAAACCUCGCCGAAACCCUGAACCGUAUAUUACAGGUGUCUUUUGGUGCCAACCCAAUGCAGUUUAUCGCUGAACUUGCAGCCGGUUCACAGACCCUUCAAAGGCUUAAUGAACAAUUCAGACACGUCGCCCCAAAGCUCCAAAUCGUCUCGUUUUACGAGACCCGUCCAACGACUAUUCUCAAAAAGACUCAAAUAAUGGUCCUAGAUAAGGAUUCGUCCGUCCUUGGGUACCCAGGAGAAAUAUCAAAGCCACUUGACGCUGACCACAACGGGAUUUGUAAAUAUGCAAGCCCUGCUGACCCAAAGUACAUAACCGUGAUAAAUGUCUUGAAAACUUUGAUUGGAAAAGGGAAAUCAAAAGAAUCUUCGACAUCGACAGAUGUGAUGAAGCCACCAAUCACCAAUUUCAACGAACAUCUAUCCGUCUUUGAGUCUCCUGAUGGAGACUAUAAUUUUUUCCAUGACCGCUGGAUGCCUGGUACUUGCAACUGGAUCAUCAGCCAUGAGGCGUUUGUGGGAUGGAUGAAUGACUUGGAGCUCCGGCCGCGAGUCUUGUGGAUUAAUGGCAAUGCUGCCAGUGGAAAAUCAAUCCUCUCGUCCUUCGUUAUCAAUUAUCUUGCCCAGCAUGAGCUACCUUGCCAGUAUUUCUUCAUACGUUUCAAUUCACCUCUCAAGCGAAUGAUAACUAUGAUUUUGCGCUCGCUGGCUUGUCAAGUUGCGAAUUCCGUCCCUGAAUACGCUGCCGAGCUUCGCAAGCUCAUAGCAACUGCCACAGAUCUCAAGACGGCAGACUAUCGCAAUCUCUGGCAAUGGCUUUUUACGCAGUCUCUGCUACAACUAGAUCUCAGCUCUCCGAUUUAUUGGGUCCUCGAUGGUGUUGAUGAAGCAGAACAGCCGGCUUCUGUCAUCAAGCUCCUGUCAGAGCUACGUCUCACUACAAUUCCUCUCCGAGUCUUGGUCGUGAGCCGCAAAACCCAUGAAAUCUCUUCGGCCUUUCAAAAGCUGGCCAAGCAAGUGCACAUGGAAACUAUAUGCAUGGAAGGAAAUUUAAUGGACUUUCGUUCCUACAUUGAUCAAGAGAUGGAUCUCGCCGGCGAUGCAACAUACAAAGAAAAUGUUACUGCUCAACUUCUUGAGAGGGCGAAGGGCAACUUUCUCUGGGUGCAUCUAGCGGUGCAGAAGAUCAACCGCUGUUACACUAAGCCAGAUGUUAAAAAUGCUCUCAUGGAACUUCCUUCAGGAAUGGAAGCUUUAUAUGAUCGGAUGGCAAGUUCUGUCCAGUCACAGAAAAGCGCUGGCGAUCGGAGACUCGGCCAGAGUAUUCUCAAUUGGGCGACUUGCGCUCGGCGACUGCUGAGUAUUGGGGAACUUGGAGAUGCCCUAGGCAAUGAUGGCUUACUCGAGAUCCAUAGGACUGUGAGUGAUCUGUGUGGAGGGUUUGUGAUAGUAGAUCAUGAGGGCAAGGUAACGAUGAUUCAUGAGACGGCUCGGGAAUAUCUUACAAAGAGAUAUGAGGAAGGGCGUCCUUUAUUCAUCCACCGUCAGCCUACCAACGACGUCUUAUUCAAAAGAUGUAUAGCACGCCUCACCGAUCAAACUCUGAGAAGCCAAAUCAACAGAAAUCGUCCUCCAGCUCUCCUUGAUUAUGCUGUUAGUGCAUGGUCAAGCCACUUAUUCCUCGGCUCAGCUGUUACCCCGGAGAUUCUGGAAAUACUAGUGAGCUUCCUUAAAGGCCCACACAUACUAACCUGGAUAUAUGUGGCUGCUAGAGAAAAGAAACUUGGAGUUUUGGUAACUGCUUCCCGUCACUUAACCGAAAUUGCGCUCAAGUUACGGAAGAUUGGCGAUGAGUUUGUGGUACACCGGCAGGNGGCCGCCGUUAUCGAGGGCUGGGCUGCCGACCUUGUUAAAGUUGUGGGGAAGUUCGGAAGCAACCUAAGGGAACACCCCGACUCCAUAUACAAACUCAUCCCUCCUUUCUGCCCAGAGGACUCCAUAAUAUACCAGCAGUUUGGAAAAAGGGAGAGUAGAGCAAUUCACGUCUCUGGAAUUACAACCACCACCUGGGAUGACUGUUUGGCACGGUUUACCUUGAGUGAAGGCGUCGUUGCAUCUUCAGUCAUCGCUGCCGGCAACCGCAUCUUUGUCCUCACAAUGAUCCGGAAGACGAGUCAAGUGAUCGUCUACAACGCUAACACCUUUGAAGAACAACGUAGGGUUACACACCCUGAGCGCGUUUUGAGCAUACAGGCCAACAAGUUGGGCAACCUCUUGGUUAGCUACGGGUAUGCGACGACGAGAGUCUGGGAUGUAAGCAACGGAGCUUGCAUAAAGACGGUGAAAAACCCCGCAAAACGUCCUCGUCCCCAUAGCAUACUCUUCUCUGAGAAGCCAAACAGGAUACUUGUGUGUGGCGAGGACAGAUGUACCAGAAGUGUGUCUCUUAACGAGGGGACCGAUGACGAGUGGAAAAUACAUUCCAAAAUAGAGGAACAGAGCUUAGACGAUACGGCAGUCAGUUUCCCAAUAUGCUCUGCUCUGAGCCCAGACGGCAAUAUGAUUGUGUUUGGCUACCGACGACACCCAGCUACAUCAUGGGAGCUUGAGCCGGCAAGGUUGGUUGGUCAGUGCUAUGUGCCGCUGAAAGAAACAGAUAUGACAAUUGAAUACAACACUUGCGGAGAGGUCUUCAAGCUUGUGUGGCAUCCGUUUAGCGGCGAAGUGUUUGGGCUAACACAAGUCGGACUAUUGUUCCGGUGGAACCCGUACGAGGAGGAGGCCAACGCAUCCAUCCAGGCGGGUGCACACUCUCUCACCGUUAGCAAAGACGGUUCUCUCAUCGCUACUGGCGAUGCAGUCGGAACAAUCAAGAUAUACGCAACCGCGGACUUUGCUGUAUUGUAUCAGUUGGCAUCACAAGACCCUGUUCUUCAUCUCUCAUUCAGUAUCGACUCAAGGCGGCUCUACGAUAUACGCGGCUCAUAUGGCAAUGUGUGGGAACCAAAUUCUUUGGUUCGCCUUGUGGAUGCCUUGGACCAAAAUAACGACUCUUGCAGUGAAACUGAGAGCCUCGCGAGGGCCUCUCUUCUUACAGAGCACCAUACUGCCCGGAUAGACAGUGUUAUCACUCUUUCUGGGCAAUCGGUUGGCCCACUGUACUGUUAUGGCACGGAAGAUGGUGUAGCAAUGCUUUGCGAAGCGGGACGGGGGAGAGUUUGUGAGCUGGAAAGACUGGCGAGUUACAUGUCUAUUGAGCACGUAACAUGGAGCGAAGAUGGACGCAUCGUUGCUCUUGCUGAUCUCAGCGGAAAACUCACAAUUAAGAAAGUUGUCAGAUCUAGUGAGAAUGCCGUUGGUUGGCAGGUAACUUCUGAGUUCAACAUCAUCAUUCCCCAGGAGCAGGGCCAUAUUAACCAGCUUCUCUUUCACCCCACUGGCCAAGAACUGUUUGUGUCGACGCCGGGGGCAAUAUGCUCAGUUGAUCUCGGUUCACACGCCAUAACCAGAUCGACGGUAAAAACAACUCUAUCUGGAGUGAAAUGGGCGUGGCAUCCGACGCUCGCCGACACCCUUCUUGGAUUUGGGACCUCCGCCGUGUAUAUUUAUAGCUGGAUGAAACUUCAAGAACUUGAGGUGCACUCCUAUUUCCCACCUCGAAUUGGAAGCUCUGCAAACAUCACUCUUCCCUCAUUUUCCCAUGGCCAUGCAGGAAGUUUCCAGAAGGACACUGAGACACUGGGAAGGAUGAUUUCCAGCCUCGACUCAUCUCAAGUUCUACUAGAAAUUUUGCCUCCUGGCGCAUCGGGACGGAUGGAAAGUCAAUAUCUCUUGUUUGACUUAGAUGACUUGCAGCUGGGAUCAUCUGAAGAGGAAUCAAGCCAGGGCAGUCAAGUGCUGCCUUACACCCUCAUACCAAUAGAGAUAGCGUCUUGCAUACGCCAGCCUCUUGCUUUCCUGUCUCGCUCAAGGCUGGUCUUCCUUAAUGUCGAACGUUGGAUUUGUACCUGGCGCUUGCCAUCCUGGACGGGAAAAGCCUCCGAGCCAAGCACGAAAGCGAUUGAACGUUACUAUUUUCUCCCCGGAGACUGGGCUACCAGCGACGAAGCUCGCCUCUGUACAAUAACUCCUGAUGGUACGCUACUUUGUCCUAGAAAUGGAGACAUAGCCGUCGUCCAAGCGGCCAAGCUUCGGAGGUAG